AUGGUUGUGUUACAGAAUGAAGACUUCCAGCCAAAGAAGGGGAAGUCUACGUUCUACAAUCUGCAGUCUGCAGGUCCACCUCAGGGGGGUAAGGUCUUCACCCAGGGUGCUGUAGGGAGCUGGAGAUCCCCAGUGGAGACAGCCUACUCCAGCCAGAAGCCAGGGAGUGCCAGGGGGAGUGCCACGGGGCUGGCUGCCCAGCUGGAGCGCUACCUGGCUGGAGCAGCACAUACCCAGAGCCGCCCAGUACCAGGGGAAGUGGUGGGACCCAAGGGGAAGCUCCACUAUGUCAGUUAUGUACGCCCUGUACGCCCUGGUGGUCAGGUAGAACCCCAGACACGACUUGGUGGCAGUGGCUCCAAACCGCCAAGGCCCAACAUAGACAGGCUUCUCUUCAAGGCUGCAUCCAACCAUCAGGUGCCCAAGGAGCAGCUCAGUACGGUGGACGGUAAGGUCCUCUUUUUUUCCACAAUGAUUUGUGUUUGCGCUGUUCUGUGUGCCUCUGUGAACUUCAGAUUAAUUUGUAGAUGAUCCACACUAACUUUUUCAAAGUUCUUCUAUGCUAUUUUAUUCAUUUAGAGGCAACCGUGGUUCUGUGAACUUCAAAAUCAGAUGUCAAUGUAGCCAGCUUGUGUAAGAAAAGUUUAGAGGAGUUACUUUCAGCUUUUCAAUAUUGUUUAGGUAGUCUACACAAAUAAGAAUGGAAGCGUAUAUAGAGGUAAGCAUCUGGAUGGUAGACUUCUUCUCACUGAAGUGCAUUGUCCCUCAUAUACCAUUAGGAGUCCCUGUUCAGGCAGGAAUCGUUGCACUGUGGCUUCAUAUUCUAUUUCAAUAUACCCUUUUAUUUAGGUUGAAACAUUGACAUUGAUUGAAACAUGUCAUUUUACUAUCAACAUUGAAACAAUGUCAAAUAAAAUAUGUCUAAUCAAGUAUAAAAUUCUCCAUACUUUAAACCACCCAAUAUACUGUAUAUUGAAUAUAGGAUUUAAAAAAUAAAAAUGUUUCUAUGGGGAAUUUCCAACGCCAUUUCAACAUAUACUGUACAUAGUUCUGAUGAUUAUGUUAAAAUUAGAUUGACGUAACAAUCUGUUAGUUGGGUUAAGUCAUUAUAUUUAAAUAGAAGUUUAACCCUAAUUUCAAUGUUUACAACGCUGGUUAAAAUGAGAUGAAAUCAGUACAGGCUGAUUACUUUUUUCAAAUCCAAUGUAUUUUCCACAUUGAUUCCAUGUCACAAUAAGUUGACAAAUUACGUUGAAACAACAUUGAUUCAACCAGUGUGUGCCCAGUGGGAAGCUACUGGAAAGUUAUGGUGGAUCUCAAAUUUACCAUCCUCUGUGUUCCUCCAUUUUACCCUCUCCCCCAGAGCGGUUCAUCCUGAACGUGGUCAACCAGCUGGGAAGGCAGAGAGUGAACAUGGACAGUCUGAUGGGUAAAGACCUGGACCAGCUGGCAGACAUCAUCUCUGGUGCCCUGCAGGUGGUGGAUGAGGAGGGGCCUGUGACGAGAGCCAAGCCCAGGCUCGUGGGACACAUACGGGACAGACAGAUGAAGAGAGAGCCCCUGCAUUCCAUAGACCAGGAUGAGGAGAACCAAGAGGACAUGUUAGAGCAAGAUGCUAUGCUUCAAGGUAUAAAUGAAAGAAUGAAUUAA